GAGAGAAAGCACAGCGACACGGCAAUGGCGACUUCCUUAGCUCCGCUCUCGCAGACCGCCCUCUCCCUCCGCCGCCUCCCGCCGACGCGCCGCCGCUCUCCCGCCUCCGAGCUCCGCUCGCCGAUCCGCGUCGCCUGCUCCGGUCAGCGCUCCGCUUCCAAAGAAGGUUGGGAGAUCAAGGAAAGCACGUGUUGUGUCAAGGAAUUGAGGAAUGUGGCUUGCGGAGUCCUCGCUGUUUGGGCCGUAACUGCGGCUUCGCCAGUAAUUGCUGCUAGUCAGAGGUUACCUCCCUUAUCAACAGAGCCCAACCGCUGUGAACGUGCAUUUGUUGGCAACACAAUAGGACAGGCUAAUGGUGUUUAUGACAAGCCAAUAGAUCUCCGCUUCUGCGAUUAUACAAAUGAAAAAUCUAACCUAAAAGGGAAGUCACUGGCGGCAGCACUCAUGUCAGAUGCUAAAUUCGAUGGUGCAGACAUGUCAGAAGUGGUAAUGUCAAAAGCUUAUGCUGUUGGAGCUAGCUUUAAGGGUACCGACUUCUCAAAUGCUGUUUUAGAUAGGGUUAAUUUCCAGAAAGCAGACCUUCAAGGAGCUGUAUUCAAGAAUACCGUUUUGUCGGCAUCUACCUUCAACGAAGCUCAACUGCAGGAUGCAGUGUUUGAGGACACCAUUAUCGGUUACAUCGAUCUCCAGAAGCUUUGCACCAACACGACCAUAAAUGCAGAUGGAAGAGCUACUCUUGGAUGUCGGUGACUUUGAUUUAUAUUCUGCCUUUGCUUUUCAUUUUCAAUAUGCGAAGUCAAGGGAGAUGCUCUCUAACAUAGUGAGAGUUCUUCAGUGACGUAGGAAGCGAGAAUGAUUCGGCGGCCACCGUUAGGGCCAGUUUGAUUCGGGCUAGACUUAUAUCCAUAUUCAUGUUCUGCUUGUGAAUGAGCUAUGCGCGACAGCCAAUGUCGAGUCUAUUGUUACAGGUUUCACUGUAAAACCUAGAUAAUCGAUGGUUUACAGGUCCAUUGACAAAGCAA